AUGACUUCCAACAAGCCGGUAGACAAGCCGGUAGACAAGCUGGUCGACAAUCUGAAGGGUUUGGUCAUCGGUGCCAGUGGUGCAAUCCCUGGAUACCAACAUGCAGAAAUCAAGCGGAUGGUCGAAAGGUGUGGUGCGAAAUUUGCCUCGAUGAAUAUCCGCGAAUGUACUCAUCUAGUGACAACCGUUGGAAAUGUCAAGAGAAAGUUGAAAAAGAUCAAUCGGGCUCGUGAAGUGGAAGGUUGUGAACUUGUGAAUAUCGAUUGGCUGAUCAAGAAGAUCAAAAAGAAUACUCCAAAGGGUGUUCAGAAAGAAAUACUCCAGCAUGAAGGCAAAAAGCGUCAGCGAGAUGCUUCCCUUGGGGACGACGAAGGUAACCCUUCAAAGAAAACAAAGGAUGAAGAACAGAUCAACCUCAAGAGGCUAAUUGAUUUGGUUGAUGAGAAAUACCCAACACCCAGUAGUACGCUUUCCGUUUACCAGGACGACACGGGGUUGAUAUGGGAUGCCACAUUGGUCAGACAUGAUGUGAAAAGACAAGUCGAAGUUUUGCGCAUCCAACUUCUCGUUGAUCGCAAGUCACAGAAAUUUCACACGUGGGAAUUGAGUUACCAAUUUGAAUCAUCCGAGGAAUCAACUUCAAUUGGCGAUGUCGGAAGCUUCGACUCGGCCAAGCAUACAUUUGAAACAAAAUUCAAGUCGUACAGUUGUCUAUCCUGGGAAGAUCGGCACGCUGCCUCCCGUUCUAAAGGCUGGGUUUUCCUCGAAAUGCACGACAGGGAGAUUCCCAUUCUCUCCAGCGAGGCCAGUCCGUUGCCUGCAAGCGUUGAAAAUGUUUUGAAAAUCAUCUUUACAUCAGGAAAUUUGAAUAACUAUGUCAAUUUGCUACACAAUCACGGGCGCAGAAUUUUACUUGGAACCACAGUAGACAAGAAAAGACUCCUGAUUGGGACUGCUGUUUUGGGCAAGCUGAUGGAGCUCACCAACCCUCUGCCGACACUUGAUCACAAUUACAUUAAGAAAAGAUUGUGCAAGAUAUACGAAAGCCUGAUUCUCAAUAAUGGGACUCUUUCAGACGCCAAUGAUACUGUCAGACAGGAAUUGGAAUCCCUCGAUCUCUUACUCAAGUUGCGUGAUGCUAGUGAGAUUCUGGAAAAGAAAUCCCACUCUUCCUCAUUGGCGAUGAGCCAAAUAACCCAGGUGCUUGGUUUGGCAACAAUGAUACCAGUGAAGAGAAAUUCGACGGAGUUCAAGAUGCUCCAGGAGUAUAUUGAAAAGACUUCUAGUCCAAGCCACUCGUAUCAAUUUAAUGCAAGUCACGAGAUCAUCGGCAUAUUCCGUCUCCAGCGUCCCGGGGAAGCAGAGCGUUUUGCCCAGUGGGAAAUGGCAAACUUUGCUAAUAUUGGAGAUCGCCGACUUCUGUGGCAUGGCUCUGUGGUUAGCAACUUUGCAGGGAUCUUGAGUCAAGGGCUGCGUGGCGAUGGAAUCGUCAGUAUUGCUGGGAAGCACUUUAUUCCUGGAGUAUUCUUUGCCGAUAUGUCUACAAAGUCGGCAGGAUAUUGCCGACAGCAAGGGGAAGCUUUGAUGUUGCUGUGUGAAGUUGAACUAGGCAAAUCCUCAGCCAUUGCAACUCGCUGCGUUGGCAACACUGUCCAUAGAGAAUGGCGCGAUGCUGGGUAUAUCCACUCAGAUCUCAAGGGGUGCCUGGUGCCAGAUGUUCACGCCGGAACAAAGACUACAAGAGAGAGCUCGCGUUAUUAUCACUCCGAGUAUGUGGCAAAAAAUCCAGCACAGCCUGGGAUCUGUGAAACAACUCCAGGGGUGAGAUCAUAUUCGGGUUACGUCCAUCUACCCCCAGGCUCUCUGGACGAUGUAAAUGUUGAUCAAGAUUACCCAAUCAAUACUUUCUUCUGGUUUUUUGAGGCUCGUCAUAACCCAAAGAAUGCGCCACUGUCCAUAUGGAUGAAUGGAGGCCCAGGAAGUUCCUCUAUGAUUGGCCUUAUGCAGGAAAAUGGACCCUGUCUAGUCAACGAGGAUUCCAAUUCCACAGAGCUUAAUCCCUGGUCCUGGAAUAACUAUGUCAAUAUGUUGUAUAUUGACCAGCCAAACCAGGUCGGCUUCAGUUAUGAUGUCCCGACCAAUGGUACUUUUGAUCAAGUUCAAGGGGCUUGGAACUUGUCGGAUUGGGUCGGAGUGCCCAAGCAGAACAACACUUUCUACGUCGGUACGACAGCUAGUCAGGAUAAGUCGAGGGUAGCUAAUAGUACCGAGAAUUCCGCGCGGUCACUAUGGCACUUUGCCCAAACCUGGUUCACCGAGUUUCCACACUACAAACCCCAUGAUGAGCGGGUUAGCAUCUGGACUGAGUCAUACGGCGGUCGCUACGGUCCGUCUUUUACUGCCUUCUUCCAGGAACAAAAUGAAAAGAUAAAGAAUGGCAGCAUCGAUACCCCGGGGGAAUCGCACUAUAUUCACCUGGAUACACUGGGCAUCAUCAACGGAUGCAUCGAUCUCCUGGUACAGGAGCCAACAUAUCCAGUAAUGGCAUACAACAAUACCUAUGACAUCCAGACCAUCAACAAGACCGUAUAUGAUCACGCCAUGGAUGCAUGGAAUCGCCCCGGUGGAUGCAAAGACCUGAUUACGCAUUGUCGCGCGCUGGCUGCAGAGGGUGAUCCGCAAAUGCACGGCAACAAUGAAACCGUCAACAAAGCGUGCCACAACGCCGACAGGUUCUGCAGCAACAAUGUCGAAGGUGCAUACGUAGAGUAUGCAGACCGUGGCUACUACGACAUUACCCACAAGAACCCAGACCCUUUCCCGCCGUCCUACUACUUGGGUUGGUUGAACCAGCACUGGGUGCAAGGCGCACUGGGCGUCCCGAUUAACUUCACCCAAUCAAGUGACGGUGCCUACAACGCUUUCAAAUCCGUCGGAGACUAUCCGCGUUCUGAUGUGCAUGGCUACCUCGAGGACCUGGCGUACGUGCUCGACUCUGGUAUUAAGGUCGCGCUCGUCUACGGUGACAGCGAUUACGCUUGCAACUGGAUUGGAGGCGAAGACGCCAGUUUGUUGGUCAACCAUGCUGGAGCUUCUAGUUUCCGGUCUGCUGGGUACACGCCUCUACGCACGAACUCCUCGUAUAUUGGAGGCCAGGUCCGGCAGCAUGGCAACUUUUCUUUCACCCGUGUCUACAAUGCUGGUCAUGAAGUCCCGGCCUACCAGCCACAAACUGCAUAUGAAAUCUUCUACCGUGCGCUCUUCAACCGCGAUCUGGCCACAGGCAAGAUCAAUACUGCGCGGAAUAGCUCAUAUACCACGGAGGGGCCUGCCUCUACUUGGCAUAUCAAGAACAAGGCCUCGGACAGUCCGGAUCCGGUCUGUUAUAUUCUUGCUCUGGAGUCGACAUGCACUGAAGACCAGAUUGCAAGUGUGGUCAAUGGUACAGCUGUUAUUCGUGAUUAUAUCGUUGUGGACGAGAAGUUGGAGUAG